CGCCAGGAAGGCUUGCCAGUUUCCACCAGCAAUUAGUCGUCCAGCAACCGGGCCGAACGCGGCCAAGAGAAGCAGCUGGUGCUCUCCGCUCCAUCCACCGCGGCACUCGACAAUUCUAUUCUAUUCAAUUCACUUCCCAUUGAAACCCCUGAGGAAAACCCCCGAUUAUACCUCCAUUCCAAACCGGACGUCGCAAUAAUCCAAUUGCAGGGAUUAUAUACUUGGAAUUCACAUACAACGCUCCAGCACUGCCGACCCUGCAUUCACCGCUGACGCUGUCCCCUCUCAACCAUUGGACUGUUUCUUUGCAACCCAGCAAUCCCUUGCGCUCGUCGUCAGCCACAAACCAUGGCCGAAUCAUCGUCAUCACAGCCUGCUGUUCCGCCUUCAUCGCAACCUCCUCCUCCUCCUCCUCCUUCUAGAGCAGCAGCUUCCUCAACCCCCGUCCCUCCUCCAUCCAGCCAACCCCCUGUCCCAUCACCCGGCACCGUCGUGCCUAAACAAGAACCCGACGUCGCAGACAGCACCACCACCAGCACCGGCUUGGAUGAGCCAGAGGACAUCGACAUGACGACCGCGCCCAGCACGAACACCACCGUCAAUGCGGGGGCCAGCAGCGCCGCCGCCGACGAGGUGGGCAAUCCGGUGCCGGCGCCGACCUCCGUGGACGCACUCGCCGCCGCCGCGGCGCCGUCGAAGAAGGAGACUAGUCUCCGGGAGUUUCUUGGGAAGAUGGAUGAAUAUGCACCUAUUAUCCCCGAUGCGGUAACAGCCCACUACCUCACCCUCGCCGGCCUCCCACCCCCCGGCAACGGCCCCAACCAAACCCCGCCGCACCUCGCGCGCCUUCUCGCCCUCGCCACGCAGAAGUUCAUCGCCGACAUCGCGGCCGACUCCUACCAAUACGCGCGCAUCCGCGCCUCCAACAGCUCCUCCGCCAACAACCCGAUGGGCAGUUUGAACGCCGCCUCGGGGCUGGGCAUGCCCGGCGGCGCCGGUGGAGUUGGGUCCGCGGGCGCGGCGGCCGGCGUGUCAGGCGGCGACGCCGGCAAGGGGAAGGCGGGCACACAUCUGGGCAUUCAGCGGCCUGGUUUUGGAGGUGGGGGGUCGGGCGGGUCAGGCCAGGGGCGGACGGUGCUGACGAUGGAGGAUUUGGGGAUGGCGGUGGCGGAGUAUGGGGUGAGUGUCAAGCGGGGGGAGUUUUAUCGGUAAUAAUUGUCUCUCGAGGGGUGGUGAUGAUUUUUUUCCCUUUCGAUAAAAGUGACUUUGUUGGUGCGGUUUGCUGGUGUCCCCCUCCAUAUCAUAAGGGGACAGGGCAGACUUCGGGCUGACGGGAUUGGGUCUACUGUUUUGUCGUGCUGAAGUCCCUGGAUCAGUGGACUUUUGGUUGUUUGUUCGAUGGCGCAUAUUUGGGGCAUGGGGACGGGGUUUCUGAACGAUAGAUAUCCUGCAUGUUGGGGGGGCUUGUGUUUGUACACACUAAUCGGGAGUAUGGGCGUUUCUGAAGUUAUGUUACUACUCACGCACAUGAAGG